UGAAGCUGUGACGCUCAACAGAAACGCCAGAGCUGCACAGUAUGACCGAGAGGACGUGUGUCAAGGUGCGUGGAUGAUACCUGAGGAUUCCUCUGCAGGUCGGACCCCAACGUCUUCUAAAGGUCGGUGAUGAUGUGGCAGAUCUGAAUAAACAGAGCGCCAUGUCGGAGCCUCCGGAUCCCAGCCAGGAGAUAGUGGAGUGGCUGUCCACCCUCCGUCUAUCCCAGUAUAUCCCCUGCUUCCAGGAGGCAGGAUACCAGUUUCUGGAAGACUGCGAGGACCUCACAGACGAGGACCUCCUGGAGCUUGACGUCCUUCCAACGGGACAUCGCAGGCGCAUCCUCCGCAGUUUGGAAGCGCUAGGGGUGAACGCUCCUAGUGGUGGAUGGGAUGAAGAAGAUGAAGACGAGGAAGAGGAGGAAGGUGCACAGAAUGGGAGGCGCAGGAGGAAGCCAGUGCCACAUCCCAGACACAUCUUCUUAAAGGACAAGAAGAGGGGGCAUUCGUGUCAGCACAAUCCGCCAAAGGACAAGUGUCAGUAUGAGACUGAGGGGAGUCAGACUCUACCUCCAGGAGCAGGACUGGGAAUAGAACCUGGGGACAGGAACCUCCCUGUACCUCAACCUGCCCCACGCGAUCCCCACAACAUCAAAACAUCCAAAUCUGCACCUGCCCUCAUCCCUCCUUCAGUGUCCUCCUCCUCCUCCUCCAGCAGCAGCAGCAGCGAGUCUCUCUGCAUUUCAGGAAUGCCCUCAGACUGGGAGGUUCAACCCGAGGACCCUCCUGAUGAAAACCCCCGCCCAGCGACGACUGAACACCAGGCGGGGUUUCAGGGGGAAAUGGUGGAGAACUCCAUCUAUGAGGCGCAGCCCAGUUUUAAGAAUCGUGCGGGUCCGCGGCCGACUCGCUCCUACAGGCUGAGGCACCGGCCCGUUCCCAAGAUCCCGAUUCAGAGCAUCCUGCCAUUUCACGACAAGAGCACCGCACCGGCGCAAACCACCGGCCCCGAACACGUCACCGGCUCCGAAGGUCCCCCCGGUGCAAACGGCACACAGAGAGCUUCCAUUCCAAAGUCCUCGACGCCCAUCGCUCCCUACGGAGAGACGUUCCUGUACAACAACCCUGAUAGCGCUGAGGGCCAAGCCGCUAAGGAAGGGCUGCAGCAGGGCUUUAAGGAGAAGAUGAAGCAGAGGAAGCUGAGAAAAAAGCCACCUAGGCAGAAGGAGUCAAAAGAAAACGACUCUGCACCGGCAGCCAAAGAACCGGACCCCUUCAAAGACGAGUAUUCAACAGUGGACGAGUGUGCCGGCAUUUUGCCCCGAGCCUCUUCGGACAAAUGUUUCGCCCUGAACCCCGAUGGCCCUGCUCCUGGUCCGCCUGCCACUGGCCCCAACGACGGCUCCAUGAUCAUGGUGGAGUGUGACCUCUACCAGGAGUCUGCGGAGGCUCUGGGGGGCGUCACCAGGAAUGCCUUGCCCGACAUCUCCCCCUACGCCUGCUUCUACGGAGCGCCCAAACGCCAGGUGCUCAAAGUGGGCUGGCUGGACAAGCUGUCGCCUCAAGGAAAAUGUGUUUUUCAAAGGAGGUGGAUGCGGUUCGACGGCGAGAGUCUGGCCUACUACAACAACGACAAGGAGAUGUACUCCAAAGGGAUGAUCCUGGCCAGUGCCAUCAGACAGAUCCGAGGACUGGGCGACAACAAGUUUGAGGUCGUCACCGCCCUUCGGACCUUCACGUUCAGGGCGGAGAGAGAAGGGGAGCGCCAGGAGUGGAUGGAAACUCUUCAGUCGGCCACGCAACCCCCCGCCUCCGGCUCCCAUAGGCCCCCCGACAGCCUCCUCCACCCCUCCUCCACAAACAAGCGAGGCCUGCUGGAGCUCCGCGGUUACAAAGGCAGAGUGCUGGUGUCCCUGGCGGGGAGUAAAGUCAGGCUCUGCAAAACAGAACAGGACUACAGAGCGGGACUGGCGAUCGCUCAGGUGGAACUCACGGCUGCCAAUAUCCGAGACGUGGACCGCAGAGGCUUUGAACUCAACACGCCCUUCAAGAACUUCUGCUUCACGGCCGAGUCAGAGUGGGAGAAGGAGGAGUGGAUUGAAGCGGUCCAGGAAUCGAUCGCCGAGACGCUCUCCGACUAUGAAGUGGCCGAGAAGAUUUGGUUCGACGAGGCCAACAGGAGCUGCGCCGACUGCCGCGCCCCCCGGCCCGAGUGGGCGUCGGUCAAUCUGGGCGUGGUCAUCUGUAAGAAAUGUGCAGGACAGCACCGCUCCCUCGGCCCCAGCAUCUCCAAGGUGCGGAGUUUGAAGUUGGACAGCAGCAUCUGGAGCAACGAGCUCGUGGAGCUCUUCCUGGCGGUGGGGAACAAGAAUGCCAACAGUUUCUGGGCCGCUAAUCUUCCCAUGGAGGAGGAGCUGUACGGCGGCGCCUCGGCGGAGCAGCGGGCCUCGUUCGUCCGCAGGAAGUACAGGGAGAGGAAGUACCGCAGGGUCCUGGAGGGCUUUCAGGACCUGGAGCAGCUCAACCAGGCGCUGUGUGCGGCUGUGGUGUCGCCCGACGUGCUGCAGACGAUGGCGCUGGUCUUCAGCGGGGCGGAUGUCAUGUGCGCCACCGGAGACCCGACCUACUCCACCCCCUAUCUCCUGGCUCAGCGUACCGGACAGAAGCUGCAGAUGGAGUUCCUGCACCAGAACAAACUGUCUGAUUUCCCCAGACUCGAGCAGUGGUCGGAGGAUCCAUCGCUGUCGGACGUCUCCCUCUUCAUGGAUGGCUUCCUCUACAUCUCCUCUGGCCCCGCCAAGUCCACGCUGGACCGCCGCAGACGAGACGACAUGGCUCGUCGCUGGUGCACCUUGGAGGGCGGCUUCCUGAGCUACUACGAGAGCGAGCGGAGCGCGUCGGCCAUCGGCCGGGUGGACGUCACCACAGUGGUCAGCCUGGCUGUCAGCAGCACCGAGACCAUGACUGGAGCUGGGGCCGUGUUUACCAUGGAGCUGUACCUGCAGACGGAGAGGGUCCUGACUGUCGGCGCCGAGACCCAGGAGACGCAGCACGACUGGACCCAGGCGCUUACAAAGUGCUUUGUCCCGUCUAAAGUGGAGGGCCUGGUGCAGAGGGACAGCGAGCUGAUCGGCAGGCUCUACUACAAGGAGGGCCACGACCUGUACUACUGGAGGAAGGGCUGGUUCAUGCUGGAGGGAUCGGACCUGCACUUCAGCUCGGGCGACGAGGAGGACGAGGAGGAGGUGCUUCAUCUCAAACGGCUGCAGGAGCUCACCGUCUCCACGCACACCGAGGGUGAGGAGAAGAUCCAGGUCCUGCUGAUGGUGGAGGGUGGAAGAACCGUUUACAUCCACGGCUUCAACAAGACGGACUUUGACCUGUGGCACUCGGCCAUCACUCUGGCGGCCGGCACGGACGGCAAAGCCCUCGGCGACCAGCAGCUGACCAAAAAUGGAGUCCCCAUCGCGGUGGACAGCUGCCUCGCCUUCGUCACGCAGUAUGGGUUGUGCCAGGAGGGGAUCUACCAGAGGCCCGGGGAACCUGCUCGAGUGGCCCUCCUCCUGCAGGACUUCACCUGCAACGCCCGCGAUGUGAAGCUGAGGGAGAAGGAGCACCAGCUGGAGGACGUGACGGACACCCUGAAGAGCUUCCUGUCCCAAGGAGAGGACGCACUACUGACCAAGGAGCUCUAUCCCUACUGGGUGUCCACUCUAGACGAGAAGGACGAGAGGCAGCGAGUGAAGAAGUAUUCGACUUUCAUAGAGAGCUUGCCGAAGAUAAACAGGUCGACCCUGGAAGCUCUGCUGCAACAUUUGUACAGGAUUCACCAGUGCUCCCACCUCAACCACAUGCCCAGCGACAAACUGGCCAGCGUUUUCUCCUCCUGCCUGUUCCAGACCCGGGGACAAACCCCGCAGGAGAGCGGCGUGGUCCGGGACCUCAUCAACAACUACAUCCCCCUCUUCAAUGUCAAUGAAGACCAGGUGCAGCAGAUGGAGAGAGAGAAUAGCUUCAUCACACGGUGGAACGAUAAGAAGGACACCACGUUCUCUCCAGCUGGGGACCUGAUCUUCGAGGUGUACCUGGAAAAGAGAGCGCCGGAGAACUGCUGUUUAAUCAAGGUCUCUCCCAGCAUGAGGUCCGCGGAGCUCGUGGAAACCGCGUUGAGCAUGAGGAACGUCCCCUUCAGCGCUGAGGACCUCUGGACCACCUUCGAGGUCAUCGAGAAUGGAGAGCUAGAGCGCCCGUUGCACCACAGUGAGAAGAUCCUGGAGCAGGUGUUGGAGUGGAGCUCCUUGGACUUCCCUAGUUCUGCUUUUCUGGUCAUAAAGAGGUUUGCAGGGGCUAAAGGUGGAGCCGACGGGAAAGACGACCUAAAGCAGGUGGUGAGAGGCGACCCUCUGAAGUUCAAUGACGGCUCCACCAAACUGCUGUCGGGGCACAAGUUCCAGGACAAACACGUCGUGCUGUGUGCAGAGAAGCUGCUGCUCUACAGAGAUAUCAAAAGCACUAAAGCAGAGAAAGCAAUCCCACUCAAAUCUGUGAAAUGUUACCUGGGCCUGAGGAAGAAGCUGAAACCCCCGACCAGCUGGGGCUUCACCAUCUACUCUGACAAACACCAGUGGCAUCUGUGCUGCGAGAAGAGGGAGGCGCAGGUCGGCUGGGUGACGGACAUAAUCAGGAUGAAGUACAGUUCUGACCUCUGCUCAAAGACCGUCAACUCAAAUGACGCUGCAGAUCACAAAUCCUCCAGAGGGGGCGCUGUGGCUGAGGUCCGCAAGGUUUCACCUCACAACCUUAAUUCCAGGAAACCGCAGAUCGACAGGAAGCCGUCUCUCGCUGGAGGCAACCAGGUCGCUUCAGAGGAGGCCGGUCCUCACAAGAGCGCCAAAGCCAACUGCCCGAAGCCUAAUCACCUCCUCAAGCCCCUGGACGCACUGCCCCCCCGACCCUCUGUGAACGCCGGGCAACCUCCGCGGCAUCAUUCUCCGUCCCCGGCCAGGCAACAGCCGCCCCUGCCUCUGCCUCUACCCCCCAAGGGCGUCUGUAAGACCGUUAAAAGGCCGUCUCUGGGCGCGGAGGGCAUGCUGCCGUCCAAUCUGCUGAGUGAGCUGAACUCGGUGCUGAACAAGACGGGCCGCGGGGCGAGGAGCGGCGAGCGGCCGGAGGAGAAGUGAGCAGGAGAUGGAAAAAGCACUUUAGUGAUCGGCCGUGGAAACAUUACAGGCCCGAGAGCGGAAAGGGGAAGGUGUUAGAGACUGAUGAAUGCAGAUGGAGAUGAGGGUGAGUUGCUUUCAUCCAGGUGUGGGGGGGGGAUCAUAGCCUGAAGACGGCUUUGGAGCUCAGAUGUAUAUAUAUAUAUAUAUAUAUAUAUACUGAUGCACGAGGGGAUGUGAGAGGAACCAGGUGCAGGUCAGGGAGACCUCAGCUGGACACGGCGCUGACCCAAGCACUACAACACCUGAUUUGUUCACCACUCUUCUAACGUGUGAGAUAAACACGUCCUGCCGCCAGAACUCAGAAGUUUCCACACGCCUGCUCCGCUCUUCUACUUCUCCAGGGUCUAUUUAAAACAAAAAACUAUUUUAUCCUCUUGUUUGACUCUUAAGGGAAAUCGUGUACCUUUAUUUUCUUAUUAGCACUUAUGCUGCAAAAGCUGUUUCAUGGAGUUGCACAUGUUAAAUAUAUAUCUGUUGUAUGUUUCAUUUUUAAUCGUAGUAAAGCGGUCCAACAUUAACACACACAAUUAAAACGUGUGGAAUAGUGCCGUGAAAAUCUAAUUCAAAAUAGAUGAGCUGGUUUUAGAGCCCACUUUCCCAUUAACAGUAUUUCAGACAUGACAUGCUGGGCAACUUCCUGUGUAAUUAUUUAUUUGUAAUAUUGUGUUGUCUUUGUAGCCGUUGUAGGACCUUUUAGCUUUAAGCUGUAUUUUUUUUAAACAUAAGACGUAUCAAAGUAAUUUUUAUGUACAGGAUGAAUAUGUUAAUAAACAUGAAAUAUGCUUUAAA